CAGGAACCGCAUUUAAAAUUCCCACAUGAGAGUUAGGUUUUGGCUCAUUUCAGACAGGAAUAAUUAACCUUAAUGAUGCUGAUUCACUCUCCUUCAACUUCCCGGCUCCAAAUAAUCCAACGCCAGCAAUAUUCCAACACCCUCCAACUAUUGCUAAUUUUUAAUUACUACUCUUUAAUACUUCUUCCCCAAAAAAUCUACCUUCUUUAUCAGAAACGGGAAAUUCCCAAUUCUUGAAUUUCUCAGCCAAAUCAAGAAUUGCUUCAACAUCGCAAAAUGAACAUCUUGAAUUUUGGGAUUCCCACCCCUCAUUCAGUCAUCACCAACCCAAAGUCUAAACCUUCGAGCAAUCGAAACCCAAGAAACGGGUGCAACAGAAUCCUCUGUUCCGACCAAUUGAAAUCCGGAAACCAUGGUUUCGAAUUCGGGAUCAACAGGGCCCACCAUAUGAAGAGACCCAAUCGUAUUCGUCGAAAAUCGACCGUCGAUUUUGCCGGAGCAGUUGAGACUGAGGGGAGCAGCUCUACAUCAGGUGAUGGCAGCAGCAGCUUUUACGACGCCAUUGUUAUAGGUUCUGGGAUUGGAGGGUUAGUGGCGGCCACACAGCUGGCAGUUAAAGGAGCAAAAGUUUUGGUUCUUGAGAAGUAUGUGAUUCCUGGAGGAAGCUCUGGUUUUUAUGAGAGGGAUGGAUUCAAAUUCGAUGUGGGAUCAUCAGUCAUGUUUGGUUUCAGUGACAAGGGGAAUUUGAAUUUGAUCACGCAAUCAUUAGCAGCAGUCGGGUUUCGGCUGCCGGUUAUACCCGACCCGACCACUGUUCAUUUUCAUUUACCUAAUGGACUAUCAGUCCUGGUGCAUAAAGAAUAUAACGAGUUCGUUUCGGAACUUGUCAGCAAAUUUCCCCAUGAGAGAGAAGGCAUUCUCGGAUUUUACGGUGUCUGUUGGAAGAUCUUCAAUGCACUGAACUCGUUAGAAUUGAAAUCUCUCGAGGAGCCGAUUUACCUAUUCGGACAGUUUUUCAAGAAGCCAAUUGAAUGCUUGACUCUUGCUUACUAUCUGCCCCAGAAUGCUGGUAACAUAGCUCGGAAGUAUAUUAAGGAUCCCGAGUUGUUGUCCUUUAUCGAUGCUGAGUGUUUCAUAGUGAGCACUGUUAAUGCGAUGCAGACACCUAUGAUCAAUGCAAGCAUGGUUUUGUGUGAUAGACAUUUUGGUGGAAUCAACUAUCCAGUUGGCGGUGUUGGAGAAAUUGCAAAGUCGUUAGCUAAGGGAUUAGUUAAUAAGGGGAGCAAUAUACUUUACAAGGCAAAUGCAACCAGCAUUAUCAUAGAAAACGAGAAAGCGGUGGGGGUGAAGCUAUCCGACGGGAGGAAAUUUUACGCAAAAACCGUAAUUUCAAAUGCCACAAGAUGGGAUACCUUUGGGAAGCUCUUGAAAAAGGAAGAUAUGCCGGAGGAAGAAAAAAGAUUCCAAAAGGCAUAUGUUAAAGCACCUUCUUUUCUUUCUAUUCACAUGGCGGUUAAAGCUGAUGUUUUGCCACCAGACACAGAUUGCCAUCAUUUUGUCCUAGAGGAUGACUGGAAAAGUCUAGAAGACCCUUAUGGUAGUAUAUUUUUGAGCAUUCCAACGGUUCUUGAUAGUUCGUUAGCUCCUGAAGGAAACCACAUUCUUCACAUUUUCACAGUUUCUUCUAUCGAGGAUUGGGAGGGACUGUCACGCAAAGAUUACGAGGCAAAGAAAGAAGUUGUGGCGGCAAAGAUAAUUGACAGGCUCGAGAAGAAAUUAUUCCCAGGGCUAGCGUCGUCUAUAGUUUUUAAGGAGGUGGGGACACCAAAAACGCACAGGCGAUACUUGGCCCGUGAUAGUGGUACCUACGGUCCAAUGCCUCGUGGAAUUCCAAAAGGAUUAUUAGCAAUGCCAUUCAACACAACUGCUAUAAAUGGUCUGUACUGUGUGGGAGAUAGUUGCUUUCCGGGGCAAGGUGUCAUAGCUGUAGCUUUCUCGGGAGUCAUGUGUGCACAUCGGGUGGCAGCUGAUUUAGGAUAUGAGAAGAAAAACAAAGUUCUUGAUACCGGUCUACUUGGGCUACUCGGUUGGUUUAGGACUUUAGCAUAAAGUGGUGAAAGAAACGAGAUCGAUCGAGGUACUUAAAUUAAAACAACAAUUUCGAGUUUAUUUUAUAGCAAUUAUACUAUUGUUUGUUGUCUCAUCUCAAACGUAUAUUUCAACAAAAGUGACUACAUAUAAUGUAAAUUGAUGAAAAAAAAAUCGACAUA